AUGGCUUACAGAGAGGCGAUGAGGCCCGGUCCAGCUGAGUUGACCGCAACCAUUUGUGUCUUUUUCUACAUCGAAUGUUUGGUGUUCGAGAGAAGAGCCACUCUCCACUGGAUUCCGCUUGGCUUCUUGCCGGUUGAGGACUUCAGAAUCUUUGGCCAGGAGAAACAGGAGAGAUUGACAUCACUACGUCCAUUAUCCCAGAGGAUCACUGGUAGGUGUGGCGGAUACCCGGGCCGGUGCGCCCCCUCGAUGCCUCUCGUACUCGACAUCGUGCACGACCAGCACACGUGCCUCGCCAGCAAUCCUUGUUUACACGAAGGUCGUUGCUUAGCAACAUCGUCCACCGGAUACAAGUGCAUGUGUUACCCGGGUUACACGGGAGACAACUGUGAGAUCGUCAACAAGACGAUAAUGGACGACGGAAGGACGUGUCCGUCCGGGUACCAGGCCGAGACCUGCAUGUGCUUUGAGACUAGCUGUAAUGGCGCCAUGUUCCAAGGCGACGUCUGCACCGCUACAGGGCGCUCGCAGGUAACGUGUCACCCCGGUAACCCCGCCCACGUGGUCCUGUACAACAAGCAGGCGACCGGCUGGGUGCAGUGCCCUACAGGGGCGCAGAUUGUCGGCUGCUCCUACUGGGCGGAGUAA